GUCAAUGUGGCACGGACGCGAUCAUUUCGUUGCAAACGACUGUCGGUAAGGUGCAGUGCUUAAUUUCCAUUAUUUCGGGGCUGAAUAAAGUGUCAAAGGCAAGAUGAAAGUGCCCUUUUCGAAAGCCACACUGUGGAAAUAUGUGUUCCUGGUGAUAAAUUGUUUGAUAACUGCCUUCGACGUYUUACUCAUCUCAUGCGGAGUCGUUUCCCUAGGCGGUGCCGGCUCUUUARCCGGUGCCUACACUGCAGCCUCCAUUGGGUUUCUCGCAAUGUUCAUUGCUUUUAUGGGUGCCAUGGCAUCGGUGCGUCAAUCACUGAUUCUGUCUUGGGCGUACAUAGUCACGACAGUGCUGUGCAUAGUUUUGGAAACGAUUUGUAUGAUCGCAUUUGGCAUACUCAAGGAUGACUUCUAUUUAAUGGCGGUCAAGCGCGUGCAAGGCAUUUGGGAUGAGCGGCCAGAGACCCAGGAGGAAAUGGAYGAAAUUCAAGAACAGCACCAUUGCUGCGGUCGCGACAGUCCACAAGAUUAUUUGCCCGACAAACAGCAAACUCUACCUUCGASUUGUUGUCGCUGGGCCGAUUGCUCGGAUGAUAAGAAUAUUUUCGCCAGAGGUUGUGUUGAUGCGGCGACGUGUUUUCUCAACCAACAAAGUGACAAUCUUGUUUUGAUCAUUGUUGGUCUGAUUGCUGUGCAGGUUUUUGGCGUGAUUGCUGCCUAUUACUUUACUCGUAGUAUGGUUAAUCUUAAACAGAAACGUGAACAAAUCAUCAUCAAUGAGUAAAACGGAAUUAUUUUYUACCACAAAAUGGGACCUAAACUGGAAAAAUUUGUGGAAAUAAAAUAUUCCUUUUAGUAAUAAUACGUAACAAAAUCUAAACUGAAAUA